AUGCCUAGUAAAGAUCCAGAAAGUCUCAUAGACAAGGAUAUACGGAAGAUAUCAGCAAGGAACGAUGAGCUUAUCAAACAAGACGGUACAUUAAAGAGGGAAUAUACUACAUUAUUAAGGAAAGUGUCGAGCGUGAUAACGGUGCUGAACAGUAUUGAUGGACAUGCUGAUACUAGUUUGACUGGUUCGGAAGCCCCACGUUUAAUAUCUGAAGCAACCGUAGAGAAAGUUCCCGAAUUGAAGUGGUAUAAUAAUCAAAUAUCACUAAUUACGGAAAAGCUAGAAGGAAUGGAAGAUGUAGGAAUUCCCGAUGAACUGGUGGAUGCUUAUACUCUGUACAAGGAAACACCACUACUAUAUAAUGAUACCCACACGCUAUAA